GCACACACUCAAACAGAAGGAGAAAUAAAAGUUCGUCUCUGUUGAGAAGCUGCCUCUGCGCUUAAAAUCUACAAGAAGUACUGAGAACUCAAGUCGCAGAGGCGCGCGCUCUGAUUUGGUUGUUUACCAUCAAUCAGACGGUUGCUUGGCAGACACUGGAUGGUUAUGAGCCUGAACAAGCUGAAAGGGGCAGGAAAAGAAGUGGAGGCAGCAUUCUUCCUAUUUAAAGCUGCACUGCUUGAGAAAAGUUUUCGCAGACUGUGCCGGAGCUGGUGCUGAAACAGACUGAGGAAGCCCGGGGACUGGUGCUGAAAAAGCCCCCAGCGGAAUUCAUGGUGCUACAGUGACCUCAGUAUCUACUCUUCGAUCCCAGGAGGACCCACAUGUCUCAUAUUUAGACAUGAUGGCAAACUGGGUGGGAGCAAGACCUCUCCUCAUUCUUUCUGUUUUAUUAGGGUACUGUGUCUCAAUAAAAGCCCAGGAACAAGAGAAUGAUGAAUAUGAUGAAGAAAUAGCCUGUACUCAAAAUGGCCAGAUGUAUUUAAAUAGAGACAUUUGGAAACCUUCUCCAUGUCAGAUCUGUGUCUGUGACAAUGGUGCCAUUCUUUGUGACAAGAUAGAGUGCCAAGAAGUGCUCAACUGUGCCAAUUCUAUCACACCCCCUGGGGAGUGCUGUCCAGUGUGCCCACAAACAUCUGGAGGUGGAGAUACUAGUUUUGGUAGAGGAAGAAAGGGACAAAAAGGAGAACCAGGAUUAGUGCCUGUUGUAACGGGCAUACGUGGUCGUCCAGGACCUGCAGGCCCCCCAGGAUCACAAGGACCAAGAGGGGACCGAGGCCCCAAAGGAAGACCUGGUCCUCGUGGUCCUCAGGGAAUUGAUGGAGAGCCAGGUGUUCCUGGUCAGCCAGGUGCUCCAGGGCCUCCUGGGCACCCCUCUCACCCAGGACCAGAUGGCAUGAGCAGGCCCUUUUCAGCUCAGAUGGCUGGGUUGGAUGAAAAAUCUGGACUUGGAAGUCAAGUAGGACUCAUGCCUGGCUCUGUGGGUCCUGUUGGCCCAAGAGGACCUCAGGGUUUACAAGGACAGCAAGGUGGUGUGGGGCCUGCAGGACCUCCUGGUGAGCCUGGCGAGCCUGGACCAAUGGGUCCGAUUGGUGCCCGUGGACCAGAGGGUCCACCUGGGAAGCCUGGAGAAGAUGGUGAACCUGGAAGAAAUGGGAAUACAGGUGAAGUGGGGUUCUCAGGAUCACCCGGUGCUCGAGGCUUCCCUGGUGCUCCUGGUCUCCCUGGCCUGAAAGGUCACAGAGGACACAAAGGUCUUGAAGGCCCCAAAGGUGAAGUUGGAGCACCUGGUGCUAAGGGUGAAGCUGGCCCCACUGGUCCAAUGGGUGCUAUGGGCCCUCUGGGACCAAGAGGAAUGCCAGGAGAGAGAGGAAGACUUGGGCCACAGGGUGCUCCUGGACAACGAGGUGCCCACGGUAUGCCUGGAAAACCUGGGCCAAUGGGUCCCCUUGGGAUACCUGGCUCUUCUGGUUUUCCAGGAAAUCCUGGAAUGAAGGGAGAAGCAGGUCCUACUGGAGCCCGAGGCCCUGAAGGUCCUCAGGGGCAGAGAGGUGAAACUGGCCCACCUGGUCCUGCUGGCUCUCACGGUCUUCCUGGUGCAGUGGGGACUGACGGUACACCAGGCGCCAAAGGCCCCACUGGCUCUGCAGGAACCUCUGGCCCUCCUGGUUUGCCAGGGCCCCCUGGGUCUCCUGGCCCUCAGGGCAGUACUGGGCCUCAGGGAAUCCGAGGACAACCGGGUGAUCCAGGAGUUCCAGGUUUCAAAGGAGAAGCUGGCCCAAAGGGAGAACCAGGGCCACAUGGUAUUCAGGGUCCCAUUGGUCCACCUGGCGAAGAAGGCAAAAGAGGUCCUCGAGGUGACCCAGGCACAGUUGGUCCUCCAGGACCAAUGGGAGAAAGGGGUGCUCCUGGCAAUCGUGGUUUUCCAGGGUCUGAUGGUUUACCUGGACCAAAGGGUGCUCAGGGAGAGCGUGGUCCUGUAGGUUCUUCAGGGCCUAAAGGAGGCCAGGGAGACCCAGGACGUCCAGGCGAACCUGGGCUUCCAGGUGCUCGGGGCCUGACAGGAAAUCCUGGUGUUCAAGGUCCGGAAGGAAAACUUGGGCCUUUGGGUGCUCCUGGGGAAGAUGGCCGACCAGGUCCUCCAGGCUCCAUUGGUAUCAGAGGGCAGCCUGGAAGCAUGGGUCUUCCAGGCCCCAAAGGUAGCAGUGGUGACCUUGGAAAACCAGGAGAAGCAGGGAAUGCUGGUGUGCCUGGGCAAAGGGGGGCUCCUGGAAAAGAUGGAGAAGUUGGUCCUUCAGGCCCCGUGGGACCUCCGGGCCUAGCUGGAGACAGAGGGGAGCAGGGGCCUCCAGGCCCUACUGGCUUUCAGGGACUUCCUGGGCCUCCAGGGCCACCGGGAGAAGGCGGAAAGGCUGGUGAUCAAGGUGUUCCUGGAGAGCCUGGAGCAGUUGGCCCAUUAGGACCUCGGGGAGAAAGAGGGAAUCCUGGAGAAAGAGGAGAGCUGGGGAUACCUGGACUGCCUGGGGAGAAAGGCAUGGCUGGAGGACACGGUCCGGAUGGUCCAAAGGGCAACCCAGGUCCAACUGGGACCAUUGGAGACACAGGGCCACCAGGUCUUCAGGGCAUGCCAGGAGAAAGAGGAAUUGCAGGAACACCUGGCCCUAAGGGUGAUAGAGGUGGCAUAGGAGAGAAAGGUGCUGAAGGAACAGCUGGAAAUGAUGGGGCAAGGGGUCUUCCAGGUCCUUUGGGACCUCCAGGUCCUGCAGGCCCUACUGGAGAGAAGGGUGAACCUGGACCUAGAGGCUUAGUUGGCCCUCCUGGCUCCCGUGGCAAUCCUGGUUCUCGUGGUGAAAACGGUCCAACUGGAGCUGUUGGUUUUGCUGGACCCCAGGGUCCUGAUGGACAGCCUGGUGUCAAGGGUGAGCCUGGAGAGCCAGGGCAGAAGGGAGAUGCUGGGUCUCCUGGACCCCAAGGGCUAGCAGGAUCACCUGGCCCUCAUGGCCCACAUGGCGUUCCUGGACUGAAAGGCGGUCGAGGAACCCAGGGUCCACCUGGUGCUACAGGAUUUCCUGGUUCUGCUGGCAGAGUUGGGCCUCCAGGCCCUGCUGGAGCUCCAGGACCUGCAGGGCCCAUAGGAGAACCCGGGAAGGAAGGACCUCCCGGUCUUCGUGGGGACCCUGGCUCUCAUGGGCGAGUGGGUGAUAGAGGACCAGCUGGCCCACCUGGUAGCCCAGGAGACAAAGGGGACCCAGGAGAAGAUGGACAACCUGGUCCGGAUGGUCCUCCUGGUCCAGCUGGUACCACUGGGCAAAGAGGAAUUGUUGGAAUGCCUGGACAACGUGGGGAGCGAGGAAUGCCUGGCCUUCCUGGCCCAGCAGGUACACCAGGAAAAGUAGGACCAACUGGUGCGACAGGAGAUAAAGGUCCCCCUGGACCCGUAGGACCUCCAGGUUCCAAUGGUCCUGUAGGGGAACCUGGACCAGAAGGUCCAGCAGGCAAUGAUGGUACCCCAGGACGGGACGGUGCUGUUGGAGAACGGGGUGACCGUGGAGAUCCUGGGCCUGCUGGUCUACCAGGCUCUCAGGGUGCCCCUGGGACUCCUGGCCCUGUCGGUGCCCCUGGAGAUGCAGGACAAAGAGGAGAGCCAGGUUCUCGAGGCCCUGUAGGACCACCUGGUCGAGCUGGAAAGCGUGGUUUACCUGGACCACAAGGACCUCGAGGUGACAAGGGUGACAAUGGAGACAGAGGUGACCGAGGUCAGAAAGGCCACAGAGGGUUUACUGGCUUGCAGGGUCUUCCUGGACCUCCUGGUCCAAAUGGUGAACAAGGAAGUGCUGGCAUUCCUGGUCCUUUUGGCCCAAGAGGUCCUCCAGGACCAGUAGGUCCUUCAGGAAAAGAAGGAAACCCUGGACCACUUGGACCCAUUGGACCUCCUGGUGUGCGGGGCAGUGUUGGAGAAGCAGGACCAGAGGGUCCUCCUGGUGAACCUGGGCCUCCUGGCCCUCCGGGUCCCCCUGGCCAUCUUACUGCUGCUCUUGGUGAUAUCAUGGGGCACUAUGAUGAGAACAUGCCAGACCCACUUCCAGAGUUUACAGAAGACCAGGCAGCUCCAGAUGACACAAACAAAACUGACCCUGGAGUCCAUAUUACCCUGAAGUCUCUCAGCAGUCAGAUUGAAACCAUGCAUAGCCCUGAUGGUUCCAAGAAGCACCCAGCCCGCACUUGUGAUGAUUUAAAGCUUUGCCAUCCCACAAAGCAGAGCGGUGAAUAUUGGAUUGAUCCUAACCAAGGAUCAGCUGAAGAUGCAAUCAAAGUUUACUGUAAUAUGGAAACAGGAGAGACAUGUAUUUCAGCAAACCCAGGCAGCAUUCCACGGAAAACCUGGUGGGCCAGCAAAUCCCUUGACAAUAAGCCCGUGUGGUAUGGUCUUGACAUGAAUAGAGGAUCUCAGUUCACAUAUGGAGAUUACCAGUCUCCUAACACGGCUAUUACGCAGAUGACCUUUUUGCGCCUUUUAUCAAAAGAAGCCUCCCAGAACCUUACUUACAUCUGUAAGAACACUGUUGGAUAUAUGGAUGAUCAAGCUAAAAACCUCAAGAAAGCUGUGGUUCUUAAAGGGUCAAACGACUUAGAAAUAAAAGGAGAAGGAAACAUCAGAUUCAGAUACACGGUUCUUCAAGACACCUGUUCUAAGCGAAAUGGAAAUGUUGGCAAGACUAUCUUUGAAUACAGAACACAGAAUGUGGCCCGAUUGCCCAUCAUAGAUGUUGGUCCUGUGGAUAUUGGCAAUGCAGACCAGGAAUUUGGCCUUGAAAUUGGGCCAGUUUGUUUCAUGUAACAGAAGCCCAGAAGUAUUGACAAUGAGCACUACCAUCAAUGACCACCACAAGAACUGUGACUGUUUGAAGUUCAUCCUGAGACUCUUGAAGUAAUGGCUGGUCCUGCAUCAGCUUUGUACAUAUGAUCUGAAGUGCCUGACCACCUUAUUCUUCAGAAUAUUUAUUUUACUUACAAUCCUCAAGUUUAAUUGACUUAAUUUCAAUAUGGCAGUUUAGAUUAAAACAAUCAAUGACAAUGACAUCUUUACAAAAAGUAAACUGAUUAAAAAAUAAAUAUGUUUUCAUCAAUUCAUUUUACUGUAAUGAAUAAGUUGCUUAGUAUUUAUGAGAAAAUUCUUCUUCUUUGGAGGUAGCUUACAUGAUGGGGUAUGUAAAGUCUCAGUACAUGUUGAUUUUGCUUGGCUGCAGUCUGAAAAGGAGAGAGUAAUGCCCUCUGUCCCUCUCAUUGCCAGAUCAUCAGUGACAAAUGAACAUCCCCAUGCAUGUCUUAAUAUUAUACUAACAUUAUAGAAAAAAAAUUAAGGUGAAUAUAAUAUAACACUUUUCCACUGUCUUACAUGAUAUCUUUAAAUAACAUAUAGUCAUUGACUUUUAGGUGGAAAAAAAUCCAUAAACUUGCUUCAGCUUUACAAUUUAUUUUGCAAAGACUGAUACAGUUAGAGGUUUUUUUUUUCCUAAUUCAAAUUUAAGAGUAACAUUUUCCUUUUUGUUGUAUUCUUUCAAUACAGAAAGAAGUUAUAUUUGUGGUUUCUUAUGUAAGAAGAUAUUGGAUGAAAAAUAAACAAUUAUCCACACAAUUUUUUAACAUACAUGCCCACUAGUGAAUGUUGAGACUCUCCCACAGGCACAGUCUCAUUUUUCUGAAACAUAUCAUAAAAAAAAGAAGCCCAGAGUUUUAAUGAUCACUCAAAUAAAAUGUGAGGAUUGGAAUUAGAAAUUCAUAAGAAAAUAUGACCCAACAUUUCUUAGUAUGAGCUACCUCAUCUCUACAAGCUGGGAUAGAUUUCCUGUUCUUGUUUAUUCUUUAGGUGUUGGAAGGUGCUAUGCUUCUGUUGUUAUUCCAAGACUGGAGAUAGGCAGAGCUAAAAAAUAUUAUUACAUCUUUUAAUGAUGGUGCUAAAAUUCUUUCUAUAAAAUUCUUUAGAGAUAAAGAUUGUUUCAUCACUGCCAUUUGUGAACACAGAACUGUUAAACAUCCCAUUUUUGAGAGACAGAUCAUUAUUUCAUGGUCUUUUAACUGUUCCUCUCACACUGUAUUUAGAAUGCUAUGUAAUACUUGCAUGUGUCUUAACCCAGGACACAUAGGCCCCCUUGUAUCUCAAGAUUUUUUUCUUAAUUGUAGUUGUUUGUUCCAUUGUUGUUUCUUACUUAUAAAUAAUCCAGGCCAUUCCAAAGACAAGCCACACACAGAACUUUGAUCAUGUAUCUCUGCAAAACUUUGAAUUAAAUCCAUGCUUCUGUCAUGCCAGUCAUUCUCAGUUUGUUGAAUCCUUUAAACAUAUUAGUUCAUUAAUCCUUUUAGUUUCCAGUAGUGAAAACUAAGAUUUCCUGGUAGGUUUUGUUCACAAUUUAGUAGAAGAUGCAACAAGUACCUACACUGCACUGGCUUACAAAGUAAACCUGUCUGUAACAUUGCCUGCAAAGGCGUAUUGACAUCCAUGAAGAAGGUUUAUGCCUUAGAAAACUUAGGCUAGUGAUUGGUAAAGAGUAAAGAAAAUGGAAAAUCCAUUAUUGAAUAAACUAAUAAUAAAACAU